GAUUUCGAGAGGGGACAACUGUCUUUGGAUAUGAGUUUUAAACUCUGUGACUUUAUACAGCAAUAAUAUUUUUCCAAUUCAAUUUUCUUUUUGUACGGUUCUUUGGCACGUUAUUUAUAUGUAUUGCUGGUUUGUAAAACAGCUGGAAAAUAAGCCUGUUAGUUUCAGCAAUGACAUUUUGCAAAAUCAGAUCCUUGUUUCAGUUUUGUUUUGAUUGUUUGUUAGUGUAGUUCAUGUAAAUAUUAACAUUGACAAGUCGUUUCUUCUCUAAAGUUUACACUAUCGCAACCUACCACGUGAUAUUUAAGCAUAAUAUGCCUCCAAAGAAAUACACACUAUCUAGCGAGCUCCCAGACGGAUGGAUUUUGACAGAUUCAGAAAAGAAGAAAUGGCGCAUCGGGAAGAUUAUUGGGAGAGGUGGUUUUGGACUGAUUUACCUGGCCUCUGGUGAUGUGCAUGUCCCUGUACGAGAUGACACUGAUUUUGUGAUCAAAGUGGAGUAUCAUGAAAAUGGACCUUUAUUCUCUGAGUUGAAAUUUUACCAGCGAGCAGCCAAGCCAGAUACUAUGAACAAAUGGAAGAAGUCUAAAUGCCUGGAGUUUUUGGGGAUUCCGACCUAUGGGGGGUCUGGAUUGUCUGAAUACAAAGAAACAAGGUAUAGGUUCAUGGUGAUGGACCGUCUAGGCACAGAUCUGCAGAAGGUGAUCGAGGAGAAUGGUGGUCAACUAAGAAAGCCCACAGUACUACGGCUGGGUGUCCUUAUGAUGGACGUUCUAGAAUAUAUUCAUGACAACGAGUAUGUCCAUGCUGACAUUAAGGCUGCCAAUCUUUUAUUGGGACACCGAGAUCCAAACAAGGUGUACCUGGCUGACUAUGGUCUGUCAUACAGAUAUUGUCCUAAUGGCCAGCAUAAGGAAUAUAAAGAGAAUCCAAAGAAAGGACACAAUGGCACAAUUGAGUAUACAAGCAUUGAUGCUCACAAAGGAGUAGUCCCGUCCAGACGAGGAGACUUGGAGGAACUGGGCUACUGCUUGCUCCACUGGCAGUGUGGAACUCUGCCCUGGCGGUCUUUUCUCAGGAACCCAGCUGAGGUCCAGGAUGCAAAGGCCAAGCUAAUGUCUAACCUGCCAGACUCCGUCACGAGCAUGUCCACCUCUGGCUCCAGCACAGAAGAGAUCGCCAGGUUCCUGUUAUACGUAAAGGGCCUAAGCUACAAUGAAAAGCCGGACUAUCAGGUCCUAAAGAAAGUUCUGUCAGGAACGGGGCUGCAAGGCCCACUGGACCUCUCUAGGCCGAGAACGUCUGAGACAUCCAGGCCAGCCACACAAAGGACCACAAGCCAACCCAAGCGUACUGACAAAAAACCUGCCAGAUCAAAGCCUGUGGCAACCGUGGAGGAAGAUGAUGAGGAAGAGAUGCCGGGGUCAACACCGAAUAAAGACAGGAGCAGGACGAAAAGAGAGACACAGAAGCAGAGACCACACAGACCUAUCACAGCCACUAAAGGCAGUUCUCAACAAAGGUCUGCAUUCCUAGACAGUGAUGAAGACUCGAGUGACAAAGAGAGCCUACCUCCACGAGCUCAUCCUAAAACAAGAGCGGGAGGAAGACAGAGACAGACGCUACAGCAAGAAAGGAGGAAAGCUGAUUUUUAUGGUGAGGCACGGGGAACCGAAAGGAGAAGAAAUAACUAUGAGCAUCAGCGUGGAUAUACUGGGGGACUAAAUGAUGACCGUAGAGAAUCCGGCAGAGAAGACGACUACUGGGGAAACUACAGUAGAAAACAUAACUGUAAUCACAACCGUCGGGAAGAGGCUGUUUAUAGUGAAGAUCACUGGGGGAGUUCUGUUUGUGAAUGGGAAAAUGAAUGGACUCCACACGGUUACAGGGAAGCAGAUGGCCUCCGAAAAUCAGUGAAUGGUCCAAAAUGGGGCAUCAGGUCAACCAAACACAAAUGGAUCUUGAUUCUUUUAUUUAUUGUGAUAUUGACUGCUGUUGGUAUUGUCAUUCGACUCCGACUGUUCCGAUGACUCCAAUGUGUUCAAUUCUCUCAUCAUGACAGUGGAGCUGUUGUACCACAUGAAUAUGGCUCUGAAUGAAGAGACUGUGGUUAUGAGGUUUGUGUGACCAUUUUCACAGUAAUGGGCUGGAACAAUAAGAAAUCAAAAAACAAUUUUUAAAAGAUUAUUUUUUUGAAGUAUUGUUUAAAUAAAAUAAAUUUUAUAAGCA